AUGGAUAUUUCUGGCCAGACUUCUAUCGCGCUCUCGGAAUUCAAAGUCGUCUACAAGAAGCCGGAUCCUCUCAGCUCUAAUGGGGCGAAUUCGAUUCAAGUCAACUCUGUUGGUGGUCGGAUAGAAACUACAGCAGUUGUUACCGACCUUGAGGAAGAUCCUAGGAAGCUGUCCUAUGUGCUGGAGCCUUUGAUUGACGUUGCGAAUACGCAGUAUUUCGGCCCUAUCCAGAUCGGGACACCUCCGCAAACUGCAACGGUCAUUUUCGAUACCGGAAGUGCCGAUAUGUGGAUUCCAUCCAGCGAAUUCUACUACAUUCGUGCAGAGUGCAAGUAA